CUCUGCAUUUCCCUCCUGAGUGCUGGAGUGGAGACUUUGCUCUGCAGGUCAUAUCUUGGCACCUACAGGGUAGGGCAUUUUCAGGGCACAGAGGACAAUCCAUGGCAGUACUGGGGGGACUGCAGAGGCUGCAGAUCAUUGGAAGGUCUGCCCAUGUAUUGCCCUCCAGCUGCACCCUCUGCUCUAAGCUUAGCACUAAAUCAGCAGGGUGGCACAGGAGAGGUGCCCAGUCCUACCCAGUGAUUAAUGGGGACAUUCUGCCAAUCUAUAGACAUGUGUAUGAAGCCAACACUAGGAACAAUGAGGGAUGCACACAAAGGUAAGUCAUGGGGCUACCAGAUCAAGAAACCCAGUAAGAUGCCAAUUUCCUGGCAGUGGGCAUUGUGCCCUGACCUUACCACCUGUCUGGCAGUGGCAUGGGGCUACCAGAUCAAGAAACCCAGUGAGAUGCCAAUUUCCUGGCAGUGGGCAUUGUGCCCUGACCUUACCACCUGUCUGGCAGUGGCAUGGGGCUACCAGAUCAAGAAACACAGUGAGAUGCCAAUUUCCUGGCAUUGGGCAUUGUGCCCUGACCCUGGCACCUGUCUGGUAGUGGCAUGGGGCUACCAGAUCAAGAAACCCAGUGAGAUGCCAAUUUCCUGGCAGUGGGCAUUGUGCCCUGAGCCUGCCACCGGUCUGGCAGUGGCAUGGGGCUACCAGAUCAAGAAACACAGUGAGAUGCCAAUUUCCUGGCAGUGGGCAUUGUGCCCCCACCCUGGGAUCUGUCUGGCAGUGGUUACGGUCAUUCUGUAAUAAUAAACUCCACCAAUUGCUACAGUAACUGUGUGUGUGCAAGCAGUAACAAUGUAUCAUGUAAACAGAGUCCUGUGUUUCAAAACUAAGAAAGCAAUUUAAACAAUAACAAAUAUUAGCAGUUUUAUUAACUAAAGUGAGAAUUCAAGGUGAUUUCCAAAUGAAUUUCAAAUUUGAGGUUAAAGUAGCCAAACUUGUAAGUUGGUGAUGCUUUUAGUUUUAGACACUCCUUUCAGCAUUAAAUUUGAAAUUCACUUUGAAUUCUCAAUUUAGUAAAAUAUUAUCUGAUUAUUUAUAUAGCACCAGCAGGUUCCACAACGCUGCCCUGAUACCAGAAAAUUAGUAUAUAGACAAUACAUAACCUUGGAAAUUGUAUUGGUUUCCAUGGUGAUUACGCCUCAUAUAGAACUUUGCCCAACGUUUCUGUUGAGUUUUUUUUUUUAAUAUGUGUUUGUCUACAUGUUGAAUGCGACAUAAUUUGUUAGUGUUUUUUUUUUGUUUUGUUUUUUAAAAUAAAUGAUGCCACUUGUUAAAAGUAAUUGCAUAUACAUAGAACAAUCAAUAGUUCGACCAGGAAGGACAAAAACGAUUCCACUCCUUUACUCUGUGAGAAUCAUUGCAUCAUUUCACUACAAUCCAAUGUUCAGUGAAUAAACCCCACAGAGGUUUAAGAUUGAAUUAUGGUGAAUUGCAACCUAAACUACAAAAUGUAGACCAAAAUCAGCUAAUUUGGUCAAAUUCACCAACUCCGCUACAGGCACCAUGUAGGCCAAAAUGAUGGAUUUGGUACAAAAUUAACUCACCUGUAGCCCGAGUGACUGUUUUAGUUUUCAUUUUUUGUUAGAGAACAAAACCACAAAUUGUCAGGAAUUUUGCUGUAAAUUUUAUACCAAGACAGCUGAACUGAAAAAUUAAAUAAAUAAAAAAAAUCAGCAUUUCAGCUAUUUUUUCAAGUUUGGCUAUUUUGGUGUAAAAUGUGAAAUUCUUUGAUCAAUUCCCGACUUUUUCCCUUUAAGUUUUGUUUAUAUAUGAAAGUUGGCAGUUCUUUGUGUUGCUAAUUGUCUGCCAGACGAUUACGGUAAAGAUGAGUAAAAAAAUAUGUUGACAUUUUAUUUUUCCCCUAUACCGGAAUCAUUUAAAUUCAGAAACUGAGGCAUAUUCUGGUUUGCUCUCUUUAGCAAUCAGUCUGCAUGUAAAAAAAAAAGAUAAUGAUCACUUUGCCUGUAGGAUCCCUGGGGGUCUCAAUGUGCUCAUUUCUGAACAAUAGCUUUGUGGAUUUCCUUCUGUAUGCGUUAACUCCACAUCAAUGGUACAUUUUAUAUGAGAAUAAGGAGUAUAUCAGAACCUACCCAACUAGACAAUUAAACCAUCAUCUGUCCUCAUGUGGGCGAGACAGAGACCAAUGUAAGAUAACAUAAUUUUGCCCUCACUCGGUUAGAAAGCAGAGAGUAGUAUGUCAAACCCCCAUUUUUUUUAGGGGUCCUAUAAAUUACCUGAUAGAUUAAAGUGUAUUUCUGUCAUAUUUGCUAUUGUAUACAAAGAAACAAGUAGAAUAAAGGCGCUAGUAAUAAAAAGUCUAAAAACAGUAAUAUGCCAGAAAUUAUUACAUACAAAAAGCUGCAACAAAAAAGUGAAAAGCUCCAGAAACCACUUACACAAUAUAUAACUACAAAUAAGGUGCGCUGUGUCUUUAAAACAUAAAUUUCAAAAAGUGCCACAAGUGCUAAAUAUGAUAAAGUGCAAAAUAAUAUAAAGUGCACUCUGUGUAUAGUGAAAAAAAAUCACAACAAAUAUUUCAUACAUACAUCUGAGGGUCUUCGCCAAAUAACAAACCAUACAUGUAACGGAGAAACACUUUGAAAAACAAUAAUAGUGUGAAUCCAUUUAAAAACAAUAUCAACAUUAAAAAGGGGGGGGGAGGUGCACUCACAAAGGUAGAGCAGGUUGAAGCCUUCUCUAACUGUAACAACCUCUUCAAAAUAUUCCCUUCUUGGGUAAUAACUGCGCGGACGCCAAAGAUCCUCUUCACAAAUUUAUUGCACAAUCCAACACAAGUACAGGUAACCCUUAUUCCUUAUUCCCGUAUGUUCCAAUUCGGAAGGCUCCUUACCACUCGGGGGUGUUGACGCCUUCCGAAGUGGGACAUACGGGAAUAAGUUGGUUAAAGCCUGCUCUACCUUUGUGAGUGCACGUCCCCCCCUUUUUUAAUUUUGAUAUUGUUUUUAAACGGAUUUACACUAUUAUUGUUUUUUCAACGUGUUUCUCCCUUACAUGCAUGGUUUGUUAUUUGGCGAAGACCCUCAGAUGUAUGUAUGAAAUAUUUGUUGUGAUUUUUUUCACUAUACACAGAGUGCACUUUAUAUUAUUUUGCACUUUAUCAUAUUUAGCACUUGUGGCACUUUUUGAAAUUUAUGGCUUAAAGACACAGUGCACCUUAUUUGUAGUUGUAUAUUUGCUAUUGUGUUGUCUUUGAAAUACUUCACUAUUAUGCAUUUUAUGCAUAUAUAUAUAUUUAUUUUCUAAUUAUAACUUUUUUUUCUCUUCAGGUAUGUAGAAUUAUUAGAAAAAGUAAAGUUGGGGGGCGGUGAGGAUGGCGUCCUGCGACAUACCCAGCGGAAUAAAAAGGUCCUGGUACGAGAGAGACUGAGAAUGCUCCUAGAUGAUGAAAUGUUUUUAGAACUUUCUCCGUUUUCCGGCCUGGGAUUACCGUAUGGAGAUGUACCCUCGGCAGGUUGUCUGACAGGUGAGAGAAAAACAACAGUCUUCAGUUUUGAAAUGUUCUUUCAUAGAAUGUCCUCUCGGGGUUUAAUGUAAUUUGGAAGGAUAGUAAGACAGUCUGUUACCAUACCAGCUGUAUAACCGAAUUCCAUUGAGUUGGUUUAAAAUAACAUCUAUUAUUAUUAUUAUUUUAUUAUUUAUAUAGCGCCAUCAGAUUCCGUAGCACUGUACAAUGGGUCUAUAUCUAUAUCCAAGGACAUGUUUCAAUACAAUGAACUUCUGGUAAAACAUUGAGGAAAUUUGUAUUUUAAAGAGAAGCUGUUCAUUUUCUGUCCUCACCUCCGUGAACAUUACAGAAAUGUUUAGUGGGGCGACGGGGGCUGAGGGUAUACGUUUAAAACACACUUAACUUGACAGCACCUACUUGUGCGAAUGAUAGCUCAUGCGCUUCUACUUCUAAAGUGCCAUAAGAGUAGGCGCCUGCUUGGGCAUUCCUUCCAUAACUCCACGCAUCAUGCUGCCUGCUGGACUGGCAUCUUGUAAAAUAGAUUUGGUAUUGUUCUAUGUAAAUGCCAAUGUUCUGACUGUUUGUAUGGUCGUGAACAGCACAAUAAAAAUAUAAAACAACAAAACUAAAAUGAGAAAAAGAACCUGAUUUUGACCCAGUGUAAAGCGUGACGCAAGACGACAGGGGUGCCCAAAGAAAGUUUUCUGGGUGGUGGGUCAAAGCCACAUUAUGUUUUGGUAUGGUUAAAACCAAAAGAAAAUAAUUCCAAGUAAAAGUUCUCUGCUGGGAUGAAAUGAUAAUAUAUUUAUAUAAUAUGCAUUAUUACACAUUUUUUUGAGAACUAUUAAAUGGCAGUGUCAUUAUAUAGCAUUUACCUACAAGCCAUGCAGACACAGUUCCAAACUCCAGCAAUUAUAAGAAUCUUCCAUGUUACGUAUAAUGUUUAAUUCCAGCACCUACUGCCUGUAGCGAUGUUGUAAUGCAUUUAAACCAGGCAUGGGAGGGGGUGGGAGGGGGAAGGGGGUUAGUGCAAAUAACCUCUUAUCCACAAUGUUGCUUCGGUAAGUGUAGAACAGUUUUAAGGCAGAGAGCCGUUAAUACAUUACUGCAGGAAUUGUUUGGACGGGCACAGCAUUAUCUGAGUUUUUUUUUCUUUUUUUUUCUUUAAAUGUAGUGUAAUAAACAACAAAAACAAUUAAAACAAUUAAGUUGAGUAAAAUAUCAUCAAGACAUUAGAAUGUGUUUUAAAAUGACAAAAUUUAAAUAUACCAUUCCUGGAUAAAUACAUUUUGGGUUAUGCACUAAAGUGGGAGUUUUAAGGAAUUUAACGUGAAUUUGAAAAUUAUAGGGACUCUAUAGGCACGCAGAGAACUUCAUACUAAUUAAGUGUUCUGAGUGCCAUGCCCCUGUAUUUUUUACUCUGCAGGGAUAACAAGAGUCUAGGGGCUGUCUCUCUGACAGCCGCUAUAGGCACUUCUGCCCUGAUAGCUAUUCAAUCAGAUGGUCAGACAGAGACCAUUUGAUUAGCGCAGCAUUAUGUUUUGCUGCGCAUGCACACUACAUUCCCAAUGUUUACCUAGGAAGAAGCAUUGGGUUGGCUGAGAUCAUUAACAUUAAUGAUCUCAGCCAAAGAGGCCAAGCAGCACCGUGGAGACUGGCGUGGUGAGGGCUAAAAGGUAAGUAAUUCUCCCAUUUCAAACCCUCAGAUGGUGGAUGGGACAUCGAAAUACAAAUAUUAAAACUAUAGCAAUAGGAAUAUAUGUUUGUAUUCCGAAUGCUUUAGUGUUCCUUUAAGACCAAUAUAGAUGAACUGGAAAAUUCUUCAAGGAAGCAAUGCUUCUAGUCCAGCUACUUUGGACUUCAGUUUGAGUUCCCGACAAUUCUCAUUUUAGUAAAUAACCUUGCAUGUUAUUUACCAUGUUAUGGUAUAGGAGACCUGUUUUAUAAGAGAUUACAUAAGGGCACUGCAUUGCUGUUAAUGUGUGAUUAUUUUUUGUAGGAGUUGGUAAAAUUUGUGGAAUAUGGUGUGCGUUUAUUGCCAAUGAUGCAACUGUUAAAGGAGGGACUGCCUAUCCAAUAUCCGUUAAAAAACAGCUAAGAGUUCAAGAAAUCGCCAUCCAGAACCGGCUGCCCACUGUGUACCUGGUGGAUAGUGGUGGGGCAUUCUUACCUCUGCAGGUAGCUGUCCUUGUGCCGAUUAUGUUACAUACCAUUAAUGUUGUAAAUAGUGAUAUUUAUGAUAUUUUAUGUGUUAAAUUAACAGGCAGAGCUGUUUCCUGAUAAGGAACAUGGUGGGAGAACUUUCUACAAUGAAGCCAUCAUGUCAGCUUUAAAAAUACCACAGGUACAUCCCACUUCUGCCACCAACGUGUUAUAGUAAACACACGUCCAAUCACCUUUUAUCUAAUGUGAUAACAGCCAUCCAAACUUCAUUCAUAAGAAUUGUAGCAUCUUAUCAUUGUUCAUGUUUUAAAAAGCGUUUUAAUAGAAAAAUGUAUCUUCAUUGAGAGUCCAAAGAAUCAUACAACCCAGUUUCAGUGUUAUCUCAACUAUGGUUGUUGCCAGAUACAUGAAAAUGGAAACCUCUCUCUGCUAGGACACGCUAGGCCAGUUUUCUUGUGAUACAAUUGCCAGACAUACCGGUUUCAGUAUGAUAAUAAGUUUACAUUUACAUGCUAGAAAAAGGUAUUAUACAAUUCUUUGGACCAUCAUAUCCAUUAAUUCAAUCCGACAUGAUUACAUAUUUUGUCCUACAUAUAUAUUAUAUUUGAGGAAUUAAAGUGCAUUAAUACCCGCUGUGUGAUUUGAGUAAUAUGGUCUUUGUGCAACACGGACGCGGUCUAGAAAAAUAUAUUGAAUUUUCCAAAAACCUCAUCAAUGAACAAACAUACUCUUGCCCAACUCUACCAGAAAAAAAAUAAAAAUAUAAAUAUAUAUAAUCUUAUAAUGUUAUACAUUAUUAUUAUUAUUAUUAUGAUAUUUAUAGAGCGCCGUCAAAUUCUGCAGCGCUUUACAAUGGGUGGACGAACAGACAUGCAGUUGUAACCAGACAAGUUGGACACACAGGAACAGAGGGGUUGAGGGCCCUGCUCAAUGAGCUUACAUGCUAGCAGGAGUGGGGUAAAGUGACACAAAAAGGUAAGGAUAGUAUUAGACUAGUGACAGUUGCAGAAGAGGAAUUAGUCAGGAGCUAUUAACAGUUUAAUUGAUACGCUUUUAUGAAGAAGUGGGUUUUUAACGAUUUUUUUGAAGGAGUGGAGACUGGGUGAGCAUCUAACGGAGGAGGGAAGCGAGUUCCACAGGAACGGUGCAGCCCUCGAGAAAUCUUGAAGGCAAGCAUCAGAGGUGGGAGUACGGACAGAAGAUAGACGAAAGUCUUCAGCAGAUCGUAAGGGCCUAAACGGGACAUACUUGUGUAAAAGGGAGGAUAGAUAGGUGGGAGCAGCAUUAUGUAGAGAUUUGAAAGCAAGAACCAGAAUUUUAAAUUGAGCUCUAUAUUUUAUAGGAAGCCAAGGUAGGGACUGUACAUGAGCUGUGUAAGCAUAUUUACACAUAGUAAGAUCUGGUUUCAUAUUGUCUGCAUAAUUUUCAGCUAAUACUAGAAGGAAUAUUUACUUAGUUAAGUUUAUAUAUAUAUAUAUAUAUAUAUAUAUAUAUGUCAACGUUAUUUUCUGGCCACGGAUUUUCCUUGUUAGUAGAUGGCCAGUUCGGUGUCUGUGAGCUGAACAGAGCUAUGCGAUGGAAUAACCACAUGUAGUGUGAUUUCCAUCUCUCAUAUAACUUUGGUAGAAGGGAUUAGCAGUUCAGUCAGCUCUAGUAUUUCCAUAUUUAGCAAUGAGAUCAUUCAAACGAGGAUAAUGUAUGGAGUCACCUUGCUUUGUAACAGCAUUUUCUGGCAGCUGUAGGAGUUCUCAAUCCUAUCUAGAUGAUUCUAUAUUUUCAUAUUUUCUUUGAUUUAACUUGUAAUGCUUGUAAUGCUUGGUAGAAGGACCUUUCAGGACAAGUACCCAGACCCUUCAUUAUAAUUUAUACAAUGUUACCAUUGAGGCAGGUGGCUGUCGUGUGUGGAUCUUGUACAGCCGGGGGGGCUUAUAUUCCUACUAUGGCUGAGGAAACUAUCAUAGUGGACCGUAUCGGAACAAUAUUUUUGGCUGGACCGCCGCUGGUUAAAGCUGCGACUGGAGAGGACGUUUCCGCUGAAGAUCUAGGUGGAGCAAAACUACAUUCUAGGUAAACUUGUAUUUCACUCAAACACUAUUUUAUGUUCCAGUAAUGUGGCAUUACACUAACAUGGCAGACAUAUCAAAAGAGAUAUACAGAUAAUGACAAAAUCCUUCGAUUUGUUAUGUAUAUAAAAAGUUAGAUAUAUUUUAUAUUAACAGAGUUGUUCACUAAAGUAGCAAUGAAGUGAAUUUAAGGGGAAUUUAAAAUUUAAAGGGACACUAUUGUCACCAAAACAACUUUAGCUUAAUGAAGCAGUUUUGGUGUAUAGAUCAUGCCCCUGCAGUCUCACUGCUCAAUUCUCUGCUGUCUAUGAGUUAAAUCAUGCUGUUUAUGCACCAUAGCCACACCUCCCUGCAAGUAACAUGCACAGCCUUCCUAAACACUUCCCGUAAAGAGUCAUCUUCCUUUAUAGCAAAUUAUGUUUAAUUUAGAUUUGCUUAUCUCAUGAUCUGUUAAUAGCUUGCUAGACACUACAGGAGCUCCCUGGGUGUGAUUAAAGUUCAAUUUAAAGAGCAGGAGAUACAAACUUUUAAAGUACGUUACAUCUGAUUGCAAAUGGAACCAUUUUGUUUUGAUGCAGGCUGUGUCAGUUACAGCCAGGGGAGGUGUGGCUAGGGCUGCAUAAACAGAAACAAAAGUGAUUUAAAUACCAGAUGGCAGAGAAUUAGGCUCAAGUUGUUUUGAUGACUAUAGUGUCCCCUUGAAAAAGAAAAAAAGGCUUGCACUCAAUCAUAAAAAUUACAGGGUGCUAACGGAAUAUAAGAAAUAAAUCUCAGGGACUCACUGUGAUACGUUUAAAGCAGCUUUAAUGGCUCCGCAACGCUUGGACCUGUACCCAGGUCAUUAUUAAGCAAGAUUCUUUGAUAUAGUGUCCCUUUAAGGCCAAAGUAGCCAACCUGAAAGCAUAGCUGACUUGGCGUAUUUUUCCAGUUCAGCUAUUUUGGCCUUAAAUUUGAACUUCACUUUGAAUUCAAUAUGAAUUUCCAACAAUUCUCACCUUAGUAAAUAGUCCUGUUAAUUUUCGGUGCAGCCAUUUCUUUCUGCCGGCACCUGGACCUACGUUUGCCUGCGCUGAGUGCCCUCCACAAGAAUCAAAACUGUCCUCUGUCAAUAAUAAAAACAGUAUCAUAAUGUGUAGCCAGAAAUGAUACUUUUAGCUUGUUAUAUCAUAUUCCAACUGGUGGCUCGAUGUUGCAUCUCUCACCAUGCUCACUGUCUUCUUUUUCAGAGUCAGUGGGUGCGUCGAUCAUUAUGCAGCGACCGAAGCUGAAGCGUACCAUCGCGCCCGACUUAUUAUAUCCACCUUGAAUUUUGAACCUUUGCCUGAAGAAACUACAGAAUAUGAAGAUCCCUUAUAUGAUCCUCGUGAACUCCGUGGACUCGCUCCUCGGGAUUAUAGUUGCACUCUUGAUGUUAAACUGGUACUUGUUCCUUUAUUCCAUUGUAUGUAUAAUUAAAGGGAUACUAUAGUCACCAGAACAACAACAGCUCAAGGUAAUUGUUCUAGUGAGCAUAAUAGUUCCCUUCAGGCUUUUUUUCAUGCAAACACUACAUUUUCAGAGAAAAGACAGUGUUUACAUUGCCUCCUGGGACACCUCCAAGUGGCCUCUCCUCCGCUGACCAUUAGAGGUGCUUCCUGGCUCAGUGCUGCCGAAAAAGCAGCCCUGACGUUCAGCAUCCCCACGCUCUGCAUAGAGACGCUGAAUUUUCCUCAUAGAGAUGCAUUGAUUCAAUGCAUUUCUAUGAGGUGGUCCUGAUUGGCCAAAAUGGCAUGUGGUCAUGCCCCUUUGCCGAUUUUAGCCAAUCCAAUGCUUUCCCUAUGGGAAAAGCAUUGGAUUGGCUUAAAAGUGGCCAUUUUGAUGAUGUCACAAAGGGGGCGGAGUCAGUGCAGGGGGACCCACACAGCGCUUGAAAUAUGGUGAGUUUUAAACUUUUAUAGGGGGGCUAAGCACUAAAGGGUCAGGAAUACAUGUUUGUGUUCCUGACCCUAUAGUGUUCCUUUAACCCCUUAAGGACCGAGGACGGUUCAGGACCGUCAUUUUCCCAUUGCCGACCGCUGACGGUCCUGAACCGUCCUAACGGUCCUAGUUACUUACCUGAUCGCCGUCGUUCCCCCGGCGGCUAUCAGUGGUGCUCUCGGUGUGGGGAGACUGCCUGCAGCCCAGACAGUCUCCCCACACUGGAUUAGGAACCCUGUGGCCAUGUGAUCGCUUAACACAGUGAUCACAUGGUCACAAUAGGUGUCCAUGUGUCUGCCUGCAGGGGGACUGUGCUGACAGGCAGUCUCCCUGCUAGUGUAAAAUAAAAAAAAAAUAAAGUUAAUGUUAAUUAAAAAUAAAAAAAAUUAUAUAUGUGUGUGUGUAUAUAUAUAUAUAUAUAUAUAUAUAUAUGAUAUAUAGACAUAUAUUAUAUAUAUAUAAUAUAUGUCUAUAUAUCAUAUAUAUAAUGUCAUACUAAGUGUAUUUUUAUAUUAAUAUGUACUUAUAUUAAUAUAAAAAUACACUUAUAAUUAAAUUACACAUAUAUAUAUAAUAUAUAUAAUAACUAUAUAUAUAUUGUGUAUAUAUAUAUUAUUAUAAAAUAUAAAUAAUAAGUAAUUUAAAUAAAAAAAAAUUUUAAAAUAAUAAAAAUUGAAAAAAAUUAUAUAUCUAUAUGAAAUUUUAUUCUAACUGUAUUUUAAAGUUAAUAUAUAUAUAUUUAUAUCAAAAUACACUUAGAAUGAAUUUGUAUAUAUAUCUAUGUAUAUAUAAAUAAAUAAAAAUAAUACAAAAUAUACAUAUGUCCAUAUACAAAAUUACAUAAAUAAUUAUAUAAAUAUACACGUAGACUUCAAAUAUAUAAAUAUGCAUAUAUAUUUAAAUUCUACGUGCGUAUUUAUGUAAUAUUUUACAUAAUUAAGUAAUUUUAUUGAUUGCAAUUUGAGGGACCUGCCUGCCAACCCAGGCCUAAAGUCCAGAGAAUUUAAUUUGCUAGCACUGUAUUUUACCCUGUAACGUUCUACGACACCCUAAAACCUGUACAUGGGGGGUACUGUUUUACUCGGGAGACUUCGCUGAACACAAAUAUUAGUGAUUCAAAACAGUAAAACAUAUCACAGCGAUGAUAUUGUCAGUGAAAGUUACUUUUUUUGCAUUUUUCACACACAAACAGCACUUUUACUGAUGAUAUAAUUGUUGUGAUACGUUUUCCAGUUUUUAAACACUAAUAUUUGUGUUCAGCGAUGUCUCCCGAGUAAAACAGUACCCCCCAUGUACAGGUUUUAUAGCAUUUUUGAAAGUUACAAGGUCAAAUAUAUGGGUCAAAUAUUUUUACAUUGAAAAUGGCCAGGUUGGUUACGUUGCCUUUGAGAGCGUAUGGUAGCCCAGGAAUGAGAAUUACCCCCAUGAUGGCAUACCAUUUGCAAAAGAAGACAACCCAAGGUAUUGCAAAUGGGGCAUGUCCAGUCUUUUUUUAGUAACCACUUAGUCACAAACACUGGCCAAAAUUAGCAUUCAAUUUAGUUUUUUUACUUUUUUCACACACAAACAAAUAGGGAUCGACCGAUACUGAUUUUUUAGAGCCGAUACCGAUACCGGUAAUCUGCGAACUUUCAGGCCGAUAGCCGAUAUCUUGCCGAUAUUCUGUACAUUUACUAUUUUGAAUAAAUAAACUAAUUCGAAAGGUAAAUGCACAAAAUAUACAUGCCACAUGUAGUGGAUGAAGUGUGUUUAGACAGGGGAACUGUGUGUGUUUGUGUAGUGUGUGUGUGUGUGUGUGUGUGGUGGAUGCAGAGUGUGUGUAUAUAAUGCAGUGUGUGUAGUGUGUAUAUAAUGCAGUGUGUUUAUGUAGUGUGUGUGUAUAAUGCAGUGUGUUUUUGUGUGUAUGUAAUGCAGUGUGUGUGUGUUUGUGUAGUGUGUAUGUAUGUAAUGCAGUGUGUGUUUGUGUAGUGUGUGUUUGUGUAGUGUGUAUGUAAUGCAGUGUGUGUGUCUGUGUAGUGUGUAUGUAAUGCAGUAUGUGUACUGUGUUUGUGUAGUGUGUAUGUAAUGCAGUGUGUGUAUGUAAUGCAGUGUGUGUGCAGUGUAGUGUGUGCAGUGUGUGUCUGUAAUGCAGUAUGUGUGCAGUGUGUGUUUGUGUAGUGUGUGUUUGUGUAGUGUGUAUGUAAUGCAGUGUGUGUGCCUGUGUAGUGUGUGUGUAUGUAAUGCAGUAUGUGUACUGUGUUUGUGUAGUGUGUAUGUAAUGCAGUGUGUGUGCAGUGUAGUGUGUGCAGUGUGUGUCUGUAAUGCAGUAUGUGUGCAGUGUGUGUUUGUGGUGUGUGUGUAGUGUCUGUCUGUGUAGUGUGUGUAUGUAAUGCAGUGUGUGUGCCUGUGUAGUGUGUAUGUAAUGCAGUGUGUGUGUAUGUAAUGCAGUAUGUGUGCAGUGUGUGUUUGUGUAGUGUGUGUGUGUGUUUGUGUAGUGAUGUAAUUUGUGUAAUUUUUUAUUUUAAUAUUUUUUUUUAUAUUUAAAUGGUUUUUUUUGUUUAUUCCCCCCCAGUGUGUGUUUGUGUAGUGUGUGUUUGUGUAGUGUGUAUGUAAUGCAGUAUGUGUUUGUGUGUGUGUGUGUUUGUGUAGUGAUGUAAUUUGUGUAAUUUUUAUUUUAAUAUUUUUUUUUAAUAUUUAAAUGUUUGGUUUUUUUUGUUUAGUCCCCCCUCCCUGCUUCUUACCAGGGAGGGGGAUAUAGUAUCCCCUGGUGGUCCAGUGGCUUGUUAAGUACAGUGGUGGCUCAGCAGCAGCAAGCACUGAUUUACCUUGCAUGCAGCUCCUACAGAUCCCUGUGUAAAUCUCGCGGCUCUUAGUGCCGCGCGGAGCGUUGCCAUGGUAACCCGUGGCAACGCUCUGCGGCCGCGGGUCUCGCGAGAUUUACACAGAGAGCUGUAGGAGCUGCAUGCAAGGUAAAUCAGCGCUUGCUGCUGGCCCCCACAGGACCGCCGGGCUUGUAAUGGGCCCGGCGGUCCUGUUAUAUAUUAUCGGCAAUAUCGGUAUCUGAAUUGGCCGAUACCGAUAUUGCCGAAAAUACCAAAUAUUGGCCGAUAAUAUCGGCCAGACCGAUAAUCGGUCGAUCCCUACAAACAAAUAUGAAUGCUUACUUUGGCCAGUGGCUACUAAAAAAGACUGGACAUACCCCAUAUUGAAUACCCUGGGUUGUCUACUUUAAAAAAAAUAUGUACAUGUGGGGUGUUAUUCAGAGAUUUAUGACAGAUAAUAGUGUUACAUUUUUUAAAUUUAUCAAUAGUGACGUAUGUUUUGAAAAAAAGCACGUAAACACUGGGUAUUUUUAAACUCAGGACAAAAUUUUGAAUCUUUUUAGCAGUUUUUUUCAUUCGCUUUUGUAGAUGAGUAAAAGAUUUUUCAAGUAAAAGUCAAAAAACAUGUAUUUUCAAUUUUUCAUCAUUUUUUUUUAAUUUUUUUAAAUUAAAAUACAUGAGAUUAUAUAAAUAAUGGUAUGUAAAGAAAGCCCCUUUUGUCCUGAAAAAAACAAUAUAUAAUUUGUAUGGGAACAGUAAAUGAGAGAGCGGAAAGUACAGCCAAACACAAACACUACAAAAGUGUAAAAAUAUGCCUGGUCGCAAAUGUACAACAUCGCAAAAACAGUCCAGUCCUUAAGGGGUUAACUACCAAAAUGCAAUGUUCGUAGGAGUUACUAAUAUUAUUUUACCUGGAAACUUCCAGAAGACUGACCUUGUAGAUACCAGUCCCUCCCAAUAUUGGGAAGUUACUAAAUCUGGAUUUGAAAGAACCGAGACAGUGUUGGACUUGUGCCAUGGUGCAAUUUAUAUAUUGUAGGGCCUUUUCACUGGUAUCCCCAAAAAUCAUCAUGGUGGUUGCAUACCUACUGGCAGUAUAAAAACAAAUAUGUUAUAUGUAAUAUCUAUAUAUAUAUAUUAACUUAAAAUGUGAAUUUCAGGUUUGGUGAAUUUCAGUUUUGUGUAUAUUUUAUUCCAAACAAAAAACUACAACAAAAUAAUUAAAAUUUUAGUCUAGAAUUGGCAAGCUGCGAAAAGAACUGGGCAAUUUGACAGGUCUCUAGGUUUACAGGUUACUUACAAAAAGUGAGAAUUCAUGGUGAUUUCAAAGUGAACUUCAAAUUUAAGGCCAGAGUAGCCAAACUGGAAACAUUGCUGACUUAGGGAAUGUUUCCAGUUCGCUAUUUUUACCUUGAAUUUAAUAUUCACUUUGAAUUCACUAGUGAAAAACCUGUGAAGUUAGCAUAUCAUUGAGAAUUCAUGUCAAAUUGUCCAGUUCUUAUGUACACCCUCUACUUACACCCCUGGCUGUCAUUCAGACUGUAACUUUCUGGAUUGGUUAGCUCAGUUGAACUAAACCCAAGAGGCAGCAAUUGCUCAGAGCACCUGCCUUGCAAAGACUUUUCGUUGAGCUGCAUUGGGAAGUCUGUGAUUGGACAGCCACAGAAAGUCUGGGCGGGGUUAGAAAGGGACGGCUUACAAAGGCUGCAGACAAGAGAACUGUAGUUUUUGCAAGCUGUUUUUAGAUUUACUCCAAUGAACACAUGCAUAAUUAGAUGUAUCUACUAAACAGUUAUUUUUAUUUGUUUUGUACUUGGGCAGUGGGAUGUCCCUUUAAUGUUGGUGUGAUUACACUGGAACAUUUUAUACAUUUAGCCAUUAUGAAAUUUAUUGACCAGUCAUAUUCUGCUUACAGAUCCUCAGCCGGUUGAUAGAUGGCAGCAGAUUUCUGGAAUUUAAAACGGAAUACGGAACCUGUUUGGUGACAGGAUUUGCUUCCAUUGAAGGGUAGGUUGUUAAAGCAAAUAAUUAAUUAAUAGGGGGGCGGAAGUGGCAAAAGUCCUUGAAUCCUGUAACUAACCACGAACUGGAGCAGACGUCAUUUUUUGAGGCCUAUCCCCCUCAUCAAUACUACCCACUCCUAACACUCCUCGGAGUAAGCAACACAGGGGUAACCUAUGCCAUUCUUACAAUCAGCCAAGACAAAAUGGCAGAAACGCAGGUCCGGGGCCUGGAGACCCUCUCCAAGCCUAGACUAGGCGGUAUUAGGCGGAUUUGAGCCUUUCGCAGAUCCGGAGCAGAAGAAUGCCCUGCUGAUCACCUACAUGUCAUGGCAUCGACCAUGGGCUGACGGUCCAAGAAACCACCCCUGGAGCCACCUUCAGGGUCCAGAGAUAUAGGGGCACUAUUGCAGCGGCAGCCACCUCCUAAAAUGGCGGAAACGGCAGACCACAGAACCGCUUAUCACACGCAUGCUUAAACUCACUUACUGUGUUAACAUCUACCACUUCAGCUGGAAGGCCUUUCCAUGCAUCCACUACCCUCUCAGUAAAGUAAUACUUCAUCCCUACAGGAUUCAGUACUCACUAUACAAGCUCACCAACAAGCUCUCUCUCUCCACUAUAUAGCACUUGGUCACUAUCACCUGAAGAUUAGGAGGUGCACCCGACACAAUCACACCUGAUGAGCUUCCUCACUAUAUGAGGCUACUGGUAGCCUCAAUACUACCACCAAACCACGCAAAGAAAUUUACCCUAGAUGGGAUCUGUCGUCUACCAUUACCAGGCAGAGCUGCCUCUACUACAGUCCGAGAUGUGAUCGUCCGUUGUUCAACCUCACAGGAUAUGUGACUCCUGAUGUCAGCAUUCCAAGGCAAGGCGCCUCUAACCUUUGCGGGAUCAAGCCUCUCUUUCUAUCAGGACCUCAUUUGUUCCACACGACAGUGACGACAGUCCCUGAAUCCUGUAACUAGCCACCUGAGAGCACCGGGCGUAGAAUAUCACUGGAGAUCACCCUGGUUUCUGGUGGUCACACACAACGGGACUAUACAUAAAAUAUCUUCAUCUGCCGAAUCGCCUACCUUCGUCAAGGCUCAGGGCUUAACUGCCCUGAAUAAUAAUAAUAACAAAGUAUUUAACCAGGAAAGGCACAUUCAGAUUACUCUGGUUUUCAAGUACGUCCAGGGGUUGUUACUAUUACCCAAUUUAAUGGUACUCAUUUUAUCUACCUCAGAAGGCAGAUUUGAACCUGCAACCCAAGGGUUGAACAGAUUCUGCUGAGGAUGAAUUAGCCCACUGAGCUAUCUCACUGAACAACAAUCCAGAACAUGCGACUGGGACCCUGUUCAGGCGUUUCCCUCUACAUCUGUGGAUCGCCUAAUUUCGCAACCAGAGACCUGACUAUGUGGAGGGUCUUAUUAUCUAUCUGCGGCUCCUACUCCUUUGCGCGCCCUUUGUGAUGCCUUGAACCGGAAUAUGAUGUCAUUCCAGCCCCGGCAUACUAAACAGCGGGCAGGAGAAGUGACGAGCUGCCCCACAUUGGACCCCAGGGAGGUAGGGAGGCUGGAUGGGCUUAAAAAAUAAAAUUGUGUAAGUGUGUGUCAGUGAGUGUGUAAGUGUUUGACUGUCAGUGAGUGAGUAUGUAUGUCAGUGAGUGUCUGUCUGUGUGUGUGUCAGUGAGUGAGUGUGUUAGUGAGUGUCAGUGAGUGUGUAUCUGUGUGUGUGUGUCAGUGAGUGUGUGUGUCUGUGUGUGUCUGUCAGUGACUGUGUAUCUGUCAGUGAGUGUGUGUCUGCCUGUCAGUGUGUGUCUGUCAGUGAGUGAAUGUGUCUGUCAGUAUGUGUGUGUGCUCGUCUGUGCUAGUCUUAUUAUAAAUUAAAUUCACAAAAAUGCAUUAAAUACAUAAUUUAUCACAGUGAUAAAUUAUGUAUUCAAUGUACAAUAUAUGUAUUAGGCAGUAUGUGAUUAUGGAUGUAGGUAUUAGGCAGUAUGUGUGUAUGGAUGCAUGUAUUAGGCAGUGUGUGUUUAAGGAUGUAGGUAUUAGGCAGUAUGUGUGUAUGGAUGCAUGUAUGUAUGUAGCGGGGAAUGUGGUGCGACUAAGAGUAAGGAGACUACCCCAAUUCUCCCCCCAAUAAUGACAAACAACGAAUAUUGGAUGAAACAGGCCACAGCAUUUAUUAAACUUACAACUGUAAGACUCAUCCGAACUUUAUUCUUUUUCCUUUAAUUCAAAUAUAAAUAAACACAUAACUAUAUAUACAUACCAUAAUUAACAUAUAAAUUACACUUAUUGCCCUACAGCCUCCAACUUAAAUAACCCUUCUUUGCCAUCGAACUUAACCAGGUGCCUACGCACCAAAACUUUACCCACUGGUGUCUCGCCUCCCCCCUCGUCCAAACCAAAAAUUCCCAUCAUCUUAAAUGCUCUACCACCAGCCGGCUUUUUGCUCGGUGGGCACGUCCUAUUCGGUAACUUAAAAGUUUACCUUACAGAGCAGGGGAGGUUGAGACCCACCAUGUCCAUCUCCUGACAUUCCAUCUGCUCCCCAACCCUGUUGGCAAGGACACGCUCCCCGCUAACUGUGACGGAACAAAAACAGAAAAUUAGGAUGGGUGGGUGGGGGGGAAGUUGUUUGCUGGCCAGAAUCCCAAAAGGCACUGAGGUAAGAUGAUCCCUGCCCACUACAAACCCAUAACUACUCCCCUAAACACAUAUAGCCCAUCACUAGCACCAUCCCCACACUCAUACAUGUGCCCUUGUCCGUUUAGCUAUGCUGACUCCCCAGGGCCUUGUAUUAGGCAGUGUGUGUUUAAGGAUGUAGGUAUUAGGCAGUAUGUGUGUAUGGAUGCAUGUAUUAAGCAGUGUGUGUGUUUAUGGAUGCAUGUAUUAGGAAGUGCAUGGAUGUAGGUAUUGGGCAGUGUGUGUGUAUGGUCACAUUGUAUCCAUUGAUGCUGAAGUGCAGAUCCAAACAUUCCUGUUACUUACAGGGUUAACAGGGUUAUUAGCGAAACUGUGAAUCAUCAUGAAUUGACCAGGAAUUUCAAAUUUUAGGCAAAAAUAACCUACAUGGAAAAAUUCUCCAAUUCAGAUAUAUUCUUAACUCUGCUGUUUUGGCCCAAAAUCUGACCUUCCCUAGUUGAUUCCUAAAAAGUCCAUGUUUAGUGAUUUACUUUGACUUUAUAAAAAGCUCAUAUACCUGAUUUCUGUUGUACGUUAUCCUGGUGUAAAUAUAUAAUAUUUGUGUUUUUUGAUAUGUGCUUUAAAACAUAAUUGGUAUAUUUAGAUCUUAAGGCAACCCGUUUAAAAUCAGACCAUCUUUGCCACUUAAGUCAAACCUUCGCACUGCAAGUAUUUGUAAACUGCAUUCCAACCACAUUUCGCAUUAGAAAUGUUCUUUACAUAACCAUGUUGUGGCAAAGUCAUCUGUCAUGGAUCCACAUUGAAGAGUGAAUCUCUUCAAAUUCAUUUACGAAAAUAAUUUUUUAGUGAACUUGAUAUCCAACAUGAAGUUAUUGGCCAACAUCGUUUCAAAAAUGGUUUCUUGUAUUAUAUUUUAAUCUAAAUUGAUCACAAUUAAGAGUUCCAAAUCAGUGGUUUAGGUUUGGUCAUUAUAUUUUUAAUCAGUAUGUCCUCAAUAUAUUAUUUGAUUUCACACAUAUCACAGCAUUCAAGGGCACUUUACAUGAAUUCUGUCCCAGAAAGUGGCUAAAAAAACAAUGUCUUUUUCUCCUUCAGACAUUUGGUUGGAAUUUUAGCAAAUAAUGGAGAACUGACUCAUGACGCCUCUUUAAAAGGCAGCCAUUUUGUGCAGCUGUGUAACCAACGCCAAAUUCCUCUCCUGUUCCUUCAGAAUACGAUCUCUCGGGAAUCACUGCCACCAAACAUAUUAAAGGUAAAGAGGAUUUUUAAAAUUAGAACGCAUUAACUCAUUCUUCUAGUAAUAUGCUGUGUUUCAGUUUGUUUCAUGUUUCUUAGAAUUUGUGUCAGUAAAUAAUUGUCACUAUUAUUCUCACAUUUAUUUUAGGCAGAAGAACAAACGAAUCGAUUAAAAGCUCAGGCAUCGAUGAUGGCAGCUGUCGCUUGCGCCACUGUACCCAAGAUCACAUUGGUUAUUGGCGGCUCUUAUGGGGGAGAAAGCUUUGCCAUGGUAUGUUUAUAGACGUUAUAUCUCAUCUUUUACUUAGAUUAAUAAAUAACUAUAUGUAAUCCAGGGUCCAGAAUCAUUUUGCAUAGUUGUGCUAAUAUAAAAUGUAUAAAAUAUAUCUUCUGAUAGGUAUAUUUUCAGGUAUUGGGAAGACUAGAUGGGCCGAAUGGUUCUUAUCUGCCAUCACGUUCUAUGUUUCUAUGUUUCUAUUUGUAAAAAAAAUUGAAUGGAUAUUUUUCAAUUUUGAUUCUCAAGGAGUGAGCACAGUUUACAAAAAAUGGUGUAUUUAUGCCACUAAAAGUAUCAGAGUUAUUCAGUAAAGUGAACUGCACAUUUAAAGGGACACUAUAGUCACCAGAACAACUACAGCUUAAUGUAUUUGUUCUGGUGUCUACAGCCUGUCACUCAGACAGCCACUAGAGAUGCUCCCUGGGAAAAUACAGCACCGAUGUUUAGCUGGAAAUUUUCUAUGAUGAGAUGCUGAUUAGCACAGCACAGCGUUUUGCCGCGCAUGUACCAUAGCCUCCCAAUGCUUUCCUAUGGGUAAGCAUUGGAUUGGCUGACAUUGUCGAGGAGGAGGAGCGGUGGCGGACCCGAGCGGCUCUCGAAUAAAGGUGAGGUUUUUUUUUUUAUUAUUGGGGGGCAUUCGGGGCUGGCAACCUAAAAUGUUUUGUGUUUUUUUUAACACUAUAGUGACACGAAUACAUGUUUGAAUUCCUGUCACUAUAGUGUUCCUUUAAGGUCGAAAUAACUAAACUAGAAACAUUCUCUAAGUCACUUUGAAUUCAUCUUGAAUUCUCACUUUAGCGAACAAUCCUGUUUGUUAAGUUCUAUACUUCAUUAACAUAUUGAUUUGCCAGUGUUUCCCAAGCUACUGACAGAGUCUGAUGAGUUACAUUGUUCAGUAACAUAUUGUUCAUGUAUACAUUUAUAAAUACAUCUAUACGUAAGAUUUAUGCGUAUUCUGUAUUUGCAAUGCAGCCUGAGGUCCCAGGCCCACUUAAUUUCUUUGCUGAAUUUAUUCUUCUUCUUAUUCCCGUGACAAACCAAUACUUUUUGUUUAAAAAAAAUAUUUAGCGGGUUUGUUUGGCAUUUUCUUUUUAAAUGGACACUACAGGCACCCAGACCACUUCAUCUCAUUGAAGUAGUUUGGGCGCAGUCUCCCUGUCCCUUUAACCCUGCAUUGUAAAACACUGCAGUUUUUCGAUGUUUAAAGGAUUAAGGCUGCCUCUAGUGGCUUUCUACCAGACAGACAAUAGAGGUGCUUCCUGCUGUUUCACAGAGUUUAACUUCAUGAACGACGCUGGACAUCCUCACGCUUUGCAUUAGGUUCCCCCUCGCGAUGACAUCGGAGGAGGCGGAGACAGAGCUAGCGCAGAGUGACCUCGCCAUUGGAAUAAGGUGAGUGUUUAAAACUUUAAUUGCAUUGGGGAGUUCGAGGGGGCAGAGGGACACUACAAUGCUACUUUGUAUUCCGAACAUUAUAGUGUUCCUUUAAUGUCUGGGUAGCAUGUAAAUGUUGGAAUAAAUAGCAGUUUUGUUAAAAGACAUUAGUGACAUGGUAUCCUCUGGUGACCUGCUGCUGUCAGCCAUCUUUUCCGCUGAAUGCCAUCUUAUAAUCUGUAAACUUAUUCUCUGUUUUUUUCUAUUAAGCGAUUUUGUUGACAUAUUUUGCCAUGGUAGAACUAUAUUUUGCAUGUGGGAAGGAGAUAUUUCUUAAGAGAAAGUGUGCGUGUAGAUGUUUAAUUUUGAUGAUUUCUGUGCAGUUCUCGAUUUCUUGAAAAACAUAUCUUGUGCUGAUCAGGUUUAAAUCGGUUAAAUCACGGAUUAGCUCCAAACAUCUUAUGGUCAGUGUUCAUAUUUUUGUUUCUAAGAAUGUUGUGAAACUUGCCUAUGUCAGAUUUUACUUUGUGAAAUCUCCCUGUGAUCACGGUUGCAAUGCACAAUCGAUAAAAUGCUUUCACACGAACCAACUGGCUCUUUAUUAUAAUGAUAACAAUAUAGUUCAGGGAUACUUUAAAAAAUGAAAUGUGCACAAUUUACUUUUUUUCAUUUAAUUUUCCCUUCAUUUAUUUUUUUUAAAUUAUUGGGGGAUAUCUACCUUUGAAAUUACAAGAUAUCACUUAUAUUUCAAUAGUUUAGCCUGGUUCUGAAAUGUGUGGCAAGAAUUGAUAAAUAAACAUGAUUAAAUACUCAAUUUUGGGUACUGAUAAGAAGCUUGAUGGUAUUUUCUUUUAGGAAUGCAGCUUCCUAAAUAUGCCACCAAAAAGUAAAAUUGUUUGCUUGUAGACAUAAUGUCCACAUACAGUAAUUACAGUUCUCAGUUCUCUGAGAAUUCCUUUCCCCUUUGUUAGUUUGCAGCUAUGACAUUCGACGCUUACUGUCCCUCUGCAUAAAUGUAGAUGGAACGAAUUGAAUACUGGCAGACUGCAGAGUGAAAGCCAGCAUUGCAGUAUAGAGAGUUUAUGGGCUAGAUUUAUUUUUGUAUUACUGUGCAAUAUAAAACACAUUGUACCCUGUAUAUAUGCAUUGUAUAUACAUGGCAAGCUAAUUUCCAAGUUUUAGUACAUGUUCUCUGUUUUACUUAGUUUAAAUGUUUUUGUAUGUUUGUGGGGUAGUUGUUACCGUCUUUCGUUUCUCAGUGUGGCAGGUCAUUUGCACCGAACUUCUUGUUCCUGUGGCCUAACGCAAGAGUCUGUCUUGUGGACCCAAACAGAACAUCAGAACACACUCAGAUGGGAAAGGAAUCAUCACAAGAGGAAACUAGUAUAAAAUCCACACUGGAAAAGUAGGAAUUUUAUGUGUUUUUAUGUUUUCAGAGAUUGAUUGGAUUUUUAAAAAAAAUAUUGUUUACCUCCUAUUUUUACAUCAUACGUUUUCUGAAUCUUAAUUAAUUAUCAUGAUUAGGAGAACACUGAUCGGGUAAUCCACUAAACACCGGACAGAGUCACAUAGGGUACUGGAUUCAAUUUCUUUUAGUUAAAGGGAGCCCACAAGAGAUUAAGGGAUUUGGCACAUGGUCCAUUAUUAUAGUAGAAGACACAUAGACCAAUGGCGUUGGCAGGUUUAACAAGUUGUUAUAAUUUGUAAAACCUGUCUUACAAAUUAUUAUAGAGGGACAUUAUUUUGGACCGGUGUAUUAGGAAGUACUGCUCCAUACGUAUUAUUUCUAUUACUCUCUAACCCAUAUCUGGUGUAUGGGUAACUGGUAUUACUCCACACAUUGGGUUAGGAUUGCGGGGAACCAUUGCUUGACUUGUUUACAGACUCUCGCUGCAUCUACUUCCAUAGAGUAGGGGAACAACUUGAACCCAUGGACCAAUGUUUAAUUUGUUUGCCCCCCAUUCCCAGUGUAUGUGUUGGGUUUGUUCAGGUUUAUAUAGGGAUCCUGGGGACCUCCAACAAUAUAGUUUGAUUUAUUUAAUCUAUUUGCAGUCCUGCUGUAGACAAUUUGCAUUGCUAACAUUUGUGCCAGUAGAGGCAGUGUUAAUUAGGAUGGUUUGACAGUGAUACUAUUUUUCCCAACUCUUAACACCUGUAAAGUUAUAGGUAUUUAUUUUGUAGAGCUUUUUGUAAGUGAUGUUUCACUGAUUUACUCACCGAGCUCUGUUACAUUUAUUAAUGAUGUCUGUGAUUCUGUACUCUGCAGGCUGAAAGAAGAAAGUUCGGCAUUUUACUCAUCAGCUAGACUGUGGGAUGAUGGUGUAAUACUACCCCAGGACACCAGGGAAGUAGGUAUCAGUCAUAAGGAAGGCCAAAAUGAAGAGAAUUGUGCUAGAUCUGGGUUAGGCAACCUUUUGCCAUGGAUCGUUGUGGACUAUAUCUCCCAUAUAGCUGUUACAGCCAUAAUACUGACAAAGCAUCAUGGGAGAUGUAGUCCACAUCAUCUGGAGUGCUGAAGGUUGCCUAAACCUGAUCUAGAUUCAUAAAUGUGUUUGUUUAUCCAGUGCCUGAAUUAAGCCUAUUAUAUAUCACCCAAGUGUUCACUUUUAAGAGAAACAGUCUAUCAUUGACACACAGAUCCCAUAAUUCCGCAUUAACACCCCGUUGUCCAUCUUUUACCAAUAUUUGUUAAUUAUCAGUUGCAACAUGUACAGCACUGCUGUACAAUAAGAAUACACAUAUAAAACAAAAAAACAAAAAUUACAAACAAAAACCAAAACUAAAGAAAUUAACGUGAGCAGAUUACAGAGAAUUUGUGAUGUUUGAGUGUUCUGAUAUAAUGCUGACUAUAUAGUCACACCUUCCAAGACAGAAAGGCUAUUACAAAUCUCUGUUUCAUGCUGAAAAAGGCACUUUACCCAAAUCUUGAAUCAUCACUGCCUUCGACAACUAUAAAUCAUGUGAUUCAGUUGAACGCUGUUCAGGUCAGUAAUGGAGUUUCUUUCUUUUCAUUAGGUCAUCGGAAAGUGUCUGCAAAUUAUUAGUCAACAACAGUAUGAAAAACGCACGAGUCAAGUAUCUCCAGUGCUCAGAAUGUAGACAUAUUUUUUUUAAAUUUGUGUAUGUAUAGUAAUUUUAAUAAACAUUAUAAUAAAUUGUGUGUGUGGUUUUUUUUUUCCAAUAGGAAUAUUUUCAAGC